AUGGGGAAUAAUAUACAUGAAGAAGAAAUUAUAGAGUCACACGAUAUUGAAAAAAAUCCAUCACUUAAUAAAGAAAGAUACGUUCAAAAUGAAAUAGAAUAUACAGACUCAUAUGAAAUAAAAGAAGAAGAAGAAAAAUCAGAACAAUCUUCAAAGGAUGAAUCAUCAAUAAAAAAAUUAUUAACAAAAUGGGGUAAAUAUUUAAAUGUUGAAACAAGAGGUAUUGAAAAAGUACCAAUAGAAGAAAGAACAGAUACAUCAUUAUUAAUACCUUUUACAAUUUUUUUUUCACCUCAAAUGGCUGUAAGUGCAUUAAGUACUGGAUCAUUAGCUCCUAUAAUGGGAUUAGAUUUUAGAAGUGCUGUAUUAUGUUCUAUAUUUUGUAAUAUUAUUGGUGCUAUGGUUGUUGGAGUUGUUUGUUUAUUUGGUUUAAAAACUGGUCUUAGACAACAAAUUGCUUCAAGAUAUUUAACUGGAAAUAUUAUGGGAAGAAUUUUUGCAUUUUUUAAUGUUAUUAGUUGUAUUGGUUGGAAUGCAAUAAAUCUUAUGCCAGCAGCAGGAUUAUUAUAUUCAGUAAAUCAUAAUUUUAAACCUUGGUUAGCUUGUUUAAUAUUAGUUUUAAUAAUUUGUUUUGUUUCAUGUGUUGGUUAUAAAUUUGUUCAUUAUUAUGAAAGAUAUGCUUGGUUACCAACUUUUAUUGUUUAUAUUGUUAUAAUUGUUAGAUUUACUCAAUCAAGAGCAUUUGAAUGGGGUGAUAUGAAUGAAACUACUGCAAGAGGUGUAUUAGGUUAUAUUGUUAUUGCAACUUCUUUUACAAUGGGUUGGGCUCCAAGUGCUUCUGAUUAUUUAGUAUAUUUUAAACCAAAUGUAAGUGGAUUUAAAGUUGCAACUGCAAUGACUUUGGGAUUAUCUAUUCCCGCAAUUAUAUCAUGUAUCUUGGGUGCUGCUAUAACUUCAUGUAUAUAUACACCAGGUAGAUUUCAAGAUGCAUAUAAUGAAAAUUCAUUUAGUGGAUUAUUAUAUGAAAUUAUUGUAGGAGAAAGUAAUAAUAAAGGUUAUAAAUUUUUAGUUGUUGUAUUAGCUUUAUCAGCUGUACAAAAUAAUUUAAGUGGUGGUUAUUCAUUAUCAUUAGCAACUCAAUGUAUAUCAGAAAGAAUUUUUCAAAGAAUUCCAAGAGUAUUGUUAUGUAUUAUUGGUAAUUUAAUUUCUUUAGCUUUUGCUAUUCCAGCUUAUUAUGUAUUUGAAGCAGCAAUGGCAAAUUUCUUAUCUAUAAUUGGUUAUAAUGUUUCAAUUUAUGUUGGUAUUAUAUCAGCAGAACAUUUUAUUUUCAGAAAGGGAAAUUUUGCAAAUUAUAAUACGGAUAAUUUUAAUAAUAAAUUGAAUUAUGGUAUAUCAUUUGCUGGUAUAUUUGCAUUUUGUUGUGGUAUUGGUUCAACAGUUGUUUUUAUGGAUCAAACUUGGUAUUCUGGUGUAUUCGCUCAACAUGUUGGUGAUAUUUCUUUGGAAAUGAAUAUUGUUAUUUCUUUUGUUGCUUAUUGUUUAACUAGACCAAUAGAAUUAAAAUAUAUUGGUAGAUAG